ACAGAAAAAAAGAAAGCAAAGACGAGCGAAGGAGAGAGGCAAGGGAGGGUAGGAGGGAGAGGCCCUGUGACCUCACGUGACAUGUGACGUGGGCUCCACCACUCACGGAGGAGAGUGCGAGUGUCUCUGUGUGUGUAGGAUGGCGAGAAGGAUGCAGAGAGAGUGAAAGACUGUGGCUUUUAGCCUUUUGCUAGUAUCACCACUCCACUCAGGCCAGCGACCACCAUCGUGGGACAGAGAGAGAGAGAGAGAGAGAGGGAGAGAGAGAGAGAGAGAGAGACACCACGCUAUCAGGCUAGCUGGCUAACCUCAGACCCCCCGUCCAUUCCCUGACAGAGGACCACAAGCCCAGCCCUCCCUGCAUGCCUGGCUCUACCACCUGGGCUCAGUUUGGAGGACACCCACCAGCCCCCAUCCACAGCCCUGCUUGGUCGGCAUCGGCUGCACCGAGGGCUCCGGAGCGUUCUGGCUUCCCUGUCAUGGCAUCCAACAGCAUCUUUGACUCCUUCACCAACUACAGCAGCAGUCUACUCAGAGACCCGACCACUCCCAGACGGUUCACGCCGCCCUCCACGUCCUUCCCCUGCAGUAAGAUUGGAGACGGCAACGGGGCCAUGGCCGCCCCGGGGCCCCUCAGGUCAAGACCGGACACCAGGAACGUAGUGGAUGUGCUGGCGGACCACGCCGGCGAGCUGGUCCGCACCGACAGCCCCAACUUCCUCUGCUCGGUCCUGCCCUCUCACUGGAGGUGUAACAAGACGCUCCCCGUGGCUUUCAAGGUUGUGGCUCUGGGUGACGUCCCCGACGGGACUCUGGUCACCGUGAUGGCCGGGAAUGACGAGAACUACUCGGCCGAGCUGAGGAACGCCUCCGCCGUGAUGAAGAACCAGGUGGCCCGCUUCAACGACCUGCGCUUCGUGGGCAGGAGCGGACGAGGAAAGAGCUUCACUCUGACCAUCACCGUGUUCACCGGACCUCCGCAAGUGGCCACCUACCACCGCGCCAUCAAAGUCACCGUGGAUGGGCCCAGGGAACCGCGCAGGCACCGAGUGAAGCUCGAGGACCCGCAGAAGAUGCAGUUCUCCGACAGGCUGUCCGAGAUCGAGCGCUUCCAGCGGAGUAUGAGGAUAGGCCCGGUGAACAACAACCCCCGCCCCAUCCACCAGGGCCACCUCAGCACCACACAAGCAGCCCUGUGGCCAGAGCAGAUGGAUCCCCCUGCUCUGAAGACAUGCAAGGUGGAGGAGGACCUGAGACCAUGGCCAGGGAGUACAGAUCUCUUCCCGCAGAGAACCACCUUCCCAUCUCUGUCGCCGCUGACUGACCCUCGUUUCUCGGACCCCCGCAUGCACUAUCCCGGGGCCUUCACCUACUCUGCCAACUCUUCCAGCACUGGCAUCAGCGGCCUGAGCAUGUCGGCCUCGUCCCGGUACCACACCUACCUGCCCCCGCCCUACUCAAACAACCAGACCCAGAACUUCCAGUCCAACUCCUACCUGUACUACGGCGCCGGCUCCGGGUCCUACCAGUUCUCGAUGGUGGCGCCGGGAAACACCGGGGGCGAGCGCUCCCCCACCCGCCUGCUGUCCUGCUCGGGAGCCACGGGCGCCGGAGGGGCCAACAGCCUGAUGAACCCGGGCCUGAACAACCAGAGCGAGGGCGUGGAGGCCGACGGCAGCCACAGCAACUCCCCAACGGCCAUGAGCGCCUCAGGCCGCAUGGAUGAGUCCGUCUGGAGGCCCUACUGACUCACGGGCGGCUAGACGACAGGAGAAGCGGGAGAGGAAAUGUAAAGAAGAUGAUGAACAACAAGAACAACAACAACAACAAAAAAGCUGAACACUGCAAAAAAAAAAAAAAAAAAAAAAAACAACAGAAAAAAAACAUAAAAAAGAGAAAUGCUGCAUGUUUGUCUUUUAUUUCUCCAGCACUCGCUUCAAAGCCUUUCUGCAUUUUUACCAACUGUCUGCCAGACUUCCAUGUGUUUUGUAAAAAAAAAAUUUUUUUUUGAGCGAACUCCUGCACUGUGCUAGGAAAUGUACUCUUACAGGACUAUAAAAGCCAUAUAAGACGAGACGACGUGUAACUGUAAAUAGAAGCCAGGGUAAAACCAGAGAAGCCAUAGUAAUAUAUCAGGAUCAUUUUGUCUGGUAUGAACAAGUAUACAUGCUCACCAGAGGGACUCAGACAACAAAGGACAAUGGAGGAGCAACUGUAGGAUCAAUCUGUACAGCCGACGAACUGAAAAACAAAACAACCGGAAAAAAGGACAGAACACAGCACACAUUAGUUAACGGCAUUGCUCACAUGAUCGCAACUCACUUGGCAGUUGGAGAAGAGCCAGGAUGGAUGUUUGCUCCAGGAGGGACUCUGAUAUCCUCUCAAGGCGUGGCUGCACUGCUGUAGUGAUUAUUCUUUACGUUUUCACUUUUGGAGUUUUUUUUUUUCUUUUUUUUUUUUUUUUAAAUACUGCAAAUUACUGUGUCAGUUGUGAAAAAGAUUAACAAAAACAUUAACUGCAUCCCAAGCCUGUUUUAUGUUCUCUCAGUACCUAUGCAUUGCCUAACUGAAAAUGCCUAAUUUAUUAUUCGAUAAAGGACAGCCGAGCCGUUUUGUGGUGACAGUAUGCAGCGAGGGUUUCACCGUGAUUAAUAUCUUUUUUUUUUUUUUUUUUUUUUUUUUUUUUUGAGAGAGAGAGAGAGAGCGAGAAAGAGAAGCAUUUUAUCUGGCGGGACUCACGUGUAAAAAGCCAAGAAUCCUCCUCUGCGGUGUCACCGCUGUGCUGAGUUUCAGCAGGACGAUGGUUGACAUUUUUUGAGGAAUGUACGAGGCGAAAGUAGAAAGUUAUGUCUUGAUUUAAGUUUCAUGCCUGUCUCCUUCUUUGGAUCGUUUCCACCAAUCUCUUUAUUCAAACCCUAACUCCGCAAACUUGUCCUAGUGUAUUAUGUUUGAACUGGAUGACAUGGUUUACUUUUUAUAUUUAUUUGAGCCAAAUUCUGAUAUGCCUAAAAUCAUUCAGCAUUUCUCUCUACUUUUUUUCUUUUUUUAUAUAUAUAGACCAUUUUUGUCUGUUGUUGAGUAUAAAAUUGGAAUUUGUGUAAUAUAUUGCUCCUAAAUUAUAUAAAAAAAACAAAACUUUUAAUGUAAUUAUUUUUUGUUUUCCAAUGUAGCUUUGGUGCACUAAAAUCUUUUUAUUCCUUAAGAACCACGCCCAGCAUCAAUUCUGCCAAUGAGAUCGUGUAUCUAGACCCCUGUUCUUUUGAAACAAUUUCCCAAAUGUCUUUCUGCGCUACAUAAGCCAUUCUCUUAAUUUUUGCACUAUUUUUAGACGUUAAUUUCUUUGUCAGUUAUGCAUUUUCAAAAAAAAAAAUUCGCAACUCUGCUUCGACAAAGAACAAAGCUAAAUAUUAACCAGUCCUGCACAUAUUUGCUCAACUCACUGAAAGUGUCCUUAAAUCCAAACCCUUCAAAUUGUUAUUCACACACACACACACAAACACAUACACACACACACACACACACAUUCCUGCACCACAGGUGUGAGUGUGCACAUUCCCAACUGUCCCAAGGGCCUUUUUCAUGCUGUCCCACAUGUGAUCCCUCUAUCCCUGGAGGAAGAGGAGUGUGUGGAUGAAGGGAUAGAGGGAUGAGGCGGAGGUGGAGUGGUAUCUUCUUACCAACACCAGGGGCAAUUAUGCAAAAAAAAAAAGGAACACAAAAAAAGAACAAAAAAC